AUGAGCUUUUCAGAGGAUCGAUUGGUGACGAAAUUGAACGGGUUGGAUGAGACUCAGGAUUCGAUUGUGGGAGCUUCUCGAUGGGUGCUUGGACAACAUAAGAAUAUCAAAGAAAUAGCGGCCUCUUGGGACACAUUUGUGAGCAAACCGACCAUUAAUACUCGCAGAAAGCUGCUCGCGAUAUAUCUGGCCAACGACGUGGUCCAACAGGCCAAACACAAGCGUGUUAGCGAAGUGGGUGUUGCAUUUGGAGAAAUCAUGCCUGGAGCUUUGAGUCGUGUAUAUCCAGAAUUAAGCUCAGAAAUGCGGCAAAAGGUACGCCGUGUGGUGGAUAUUUGGAAACAAAGACAGGUUUUUUCGGAUUCAGUGCUGAAGAAAAUAUAUGCACAGUUGAAGAACGCUGCACCCCAUCACUCGUCGUCUUCGUCGUUAACGUCGUCGUCAUCUGCAGCAUUAACACCUGAACUUCAAAGGGUAGUGGAGACUUUUGAUCAGCUCACCAGAUCACAAGCGGAUGUCAACUCCAGCAAAACUCGAUUCGACUCAUCAGUGGAGGCUUUGGACCCAACCAGUGCUGUGUACACCGACAAUUACAAAACGAUCCAAAAAAUCGGCCAAACAGCCAAAGAUGCGUUGCAAUUGUCGGUAGCAAAUCGAGAAAAGGCCAUAAAAGAGCUCCAGGUAUUGCUAGACUUUCAAAAUGAACAAUUGCAGCAAGACCAGAAUUUGAUCAGUGAAAUCAACGCCAUAAUUGCAGCGAAAGACCCUCUAAGCUUACAAUCCGCGCCAGUAGAAGACGAGGUUCUGCCUGUUUACGAGCCCAGCGACGGAAGCGACAGUGAUACAGACAAGAGUGAUGUAGACGAGCAGGACACUGCGGGAAGAAGAAGGCGUAAGUCAUCCACGCAGUCAAUCGAAGAUAAAGACGAUGCCAAAAGACUGAAAACCGUGGCAGUGGAGGCUCAAUCUGGCUUGGAAGAAGGAUCAGAAUCCGCAGAUCCUGCUACUUACGAGCCUACACCAGCUGAAGUGGCAGUCAACUCGCCCAUGGCUGUAACUUCUAGUAUCCAGGAUUUACUGAGUAAAUUGGCAAGCUAG